GUCAAAUUUUCUCAAAGAUGAUGAAACUGUUGAUAUUUGUUAGAGAUUAUUAUUUUAUUAAUUGUAAAAUCUGCGGUUUGUUGUCGAGGUUCCAAUGAUAAGAUGGGUUGGUUCUGUUAUUUGUGAGUGACAAAAAAAAGGAAGAAGGAAUUUUGGUUAUUAUAAUUGCAAUUAUUCAUCGUCUCUUGGGAUUGGGUGUCUUCUUCUCUUUUCUCUCUCUCUUUUUGUCUUCGACUAUUCGAAGCUCUUCUCUUUUCUUGUGUUCCCUGAUUCAGCCACAUCCACAAUCUCUCUUUUGUAGGGUUUUAAACUCUCUCUCAGGAAAUCUCGUUUUCAGACAAAACUUCAAUCGGAUGAGACUCACUGUAAUAACAUUUUGAUUACAAAAAAAAAAAAGCCAUGGCAGUUUAUUACCCAACUAGUGUCGGCAUGCAAUCUCUGUACCAAGAAUCCAUCUACCUCAACGAACAACAACAACAACAACAACAACAACAAGCUUCUUCUUCCUCCGCCGCAUCUUUAUCCGAGAUAGUCUCCGGCGGCGGCGGAGGCGGAGGCGGAAACUGUCUGGAUAUCCCUAACUCCGGUGGUGUACGCAACGAGAUGGUUUUUAUCCCACCAACAAGCGACGACGUCGUAGUCACAGGUCUCAACGGAAACGUGAACGGAAACGUAACGGUGUCAAGCAACGAUCUAAGUUUUCACGGUGGAGGACUUUCCUUAAGCCUCGGUAAUCAGAUCCAAUACCAUUACCAGAAUCUGUCCAACCAAUUGAAUUACAAUAAUCAGAAUCCUUCUUUGUCUGAUGAGAAUGGGAAGACCUUGAGCCAUCAUCAUCAUCAUCAUCAUACUCAAUCUGAGCAGCAAAUUCCUUUCUCUGGUUACAACAAUGGAGUCGGAUUCUACAACAAUUACCGUUACGAGACAUCAGGGUUUGUCAGUAGCGUUCUGAGAUCUCGUUACCUUAAACCAACACAACAAUUGCUCGAUGAAGUUGUUAGUGUCAGGAAAGAUUUGAAAUUGGGGAGUAGUAACAAGAAGACCAAGAACGAUAAAGGUCAAGACUUUACUAGUGGUUCGAGUGAUAACAACACAGCAAAUGAGAAAUUGCAGCAAGAGUUAUCUCCUUCAGAACGUCAAGAACUUCAGAGCAAGAAGAACAAGCUCUUGACAAUGGUCGAUGAGGUAGAUAAAAAGUAUAACCAAUAUUACCAUCAAAUGGAAGCUUUAGCUUCGUCUUUCGAGAUGGUAGCAGGUCUUGGAGCAGCUAAGCCAUACACAUCGGUAGCUCUGAAUAGAAUCUCCCGCCAUUUCCGCUGCUUGAGGGAUGCGAUAAAAGAGCAGAUUCAGGUGAUCAGAGGGAAGCUUGGGGAGAGAGAGACUUCAGAUGAACAAGGAGAGAGGAUACCACGUCUUAGGUAUUUAGAUCAGAGGCUGAGACAACAGAGAGCUUUGCAUCAACAGCUUGGAAUGGUAAGACCAGCUUGGAGACCACAAAGAGGCUUACCUGAAAACUCUGUCUCUAUACUCCGCGCUUGGCUCUUCGAGCAUUUUCUUCAUCCAUAUCCUAAGGAAUCAGAGAAAAUCAUGCUGGCGAAGCAGACAGGACUAUCGAAAAACCAGGUUGCAAACUGGUUCAUUAACGCGAGAGUUCGACUAUGGAAACCGAUGAUAGAAGAGAUGUAUAAAGAAGAGUUUGGAGAUUCAUCAGAGUUACCCAUUAACUCUAAUCAAGACAACAAAAUGCAGGAAACGACUCAACCCAAACACGAAGACGCUUCUUCGCAGCAACAGACUCAGGGAAACAACAACAUCGCAUAUACAUCUGAUGCAGAAGAAAACCUCGUCUUUGCAGAUCCGAAACCAGACCGUGCUGCUGGAGAUUACGACAGUUUGAUGAACUAUCAUGGCUUUGGUAUCGAUGAUUACAAUCGCUACAUUGGCCUUGGAAACCAGCAAGAUGGCAGAUUCUCUAAUCCCCAUCAGUUACAUGACUUUGUUGUCUGAAAAGUUUAUCAUUCUUGAAGCGCAAGAAAAACGCGCGCUUUCCGCAUUUUUAUAGAUAGGGUAUAUAUAUACACGAUAUAUAUCUGUAAUGUUUGUUGUGGCAUAUAUGAAAGUUAGAUUUUUGUGAAAAACUGUAGGUGUUAGUCUUUACAUUUGUAUAUGAAAUUGAGCCUUAUGUACACUUUGGUAAGCCAAUAUUGUAAUGUUUUGUGUAUAAAACCUUCUUGGUGGAUAAGCAAAUACUUUCAAGUGUGAA